AUGGCAACGUCGGAGGAGAAGGGGAGAGCUCUUCCAAAAUUUGGGGAGUGGGAUGUGAAUGAUCCGACAACGGCAGAAGGUUUCACAGUGAUAUUCACCAAGGCCAGGGAUGAAAAGAAGAACGGUACUUCCGGUGGAGGAGGAGGGGGAGGAUCGGCCGCCGCUGCUGCUGAUAAAAGGCGCAACGAUGACAAUAAGGCUCACGGUAAAUCAAGCAAGAGAUGGCUUUGCUUUACUUUUGAAGAGCGCUAA